GGUGGGUGGAGCUCGGCUCACAUCUCUGCCAGCCCAGUCUUACCCAACCUUACUCACACCGUGUGCUUCUCGUGUUUCACCGCCUCGUCGCGGACAGUCGCUACCGAGUGGGCGCUCGGUUUUCGAGUCGUCAUGGCUGGCUACGAAUACGUGAGCCCGGAGCAGCUGGCCGGCUUUGAUAAGUACAAGUACAGUGCUGUGGACAACAAUCCUCUCUCUCUGUAUGUCAUGCAUCCAUUUUGGAACACUAUAGUGAAGGCAUUCCCUACUUGGCUGGCUCCAAAUCUGAUAACCUUUUCUGGCUUUCUGCUGGUUGUAUUCAAUUUUCUACUUAUGGCAUACUUUGAUCCUGACUUUUAUGCUUCAGCUCCAGGUCACAGGCAUGUGCCCGACUGGGUUUGGAUUGUUGUGGGCAUCCUCAACUUUACAGCCUAUACGCUAGAUGGCGUGGAUGGAAAGCAAGCCCGGAGGACCAAUUCUAGCACCCCAUUAGGGGAGCUUUUUGACCAUGGCCUGGAUAGCUGGUCAUGUGUUUACUUUGUUGUAACUGUGUAUUCCAUCUUUGGACGAGGAUCAACUGGUGUCAGUGUUUUUGUUCUUUAUCUCCUGCUAUGGGUAGUUUUGUUUUCUUUCAUCCUGUCUCACUGGGAAAAGUAUAACACAGGGAUUCUUUUCCUGCCAUGGGGAUAUGACCUUAGCCAAGUGACUAUUUCUUUUGUCUACAUAGUGACUGCGGUUGUAGGAGUUGAGGCCUGGUAUGAACCUUUCCUGUUUAAUUUCUUAUAUAGAGACCUAUUCACUGCAAUGAUUAUUGGUUGUGCAGUAUGUGUGACUCUCCCAAUGAGUUUCUUAAAUUUUUACAGAAGCUAUAAAAAUAACACCUUGAAACACAGUUCAGUCUAUGAAGUUAUGGUUCCCGUCUUUUCUCCAUGUUUGCUCUUCAUUUUGUCUACAGCCUGGAUCCUCUGGUCACCUUCAGAUAUUUUAGAGAUACAUCCUAGAGUAUUCUACUUUAUGGUUGGAACAGCCUUUGCCAACAUCACAUGUCAGUUGAUUGUUUGUCAGAUGAGCAGCACAAGGUGCCCAGCUUUGAACUGGUUGCUGGUUCCUCUCUUCUUGGUUGUCAUGGCAGUGAACUUAGGAGUAGCCACUUACCUUGAGAGUAUUCUACUGUAUACGCUAACAGCUGCCUUCACCCUGGCCCAUAUCCACUAUGGGGUGUGCGUGGUUAAGCAGCUGAGUAGCCAUUUUCAAAUUUACCCCUUCUCAUUGAGGAAACCAAACUCAGAUUGACUAGGAAUGGAAGAAAAGAAUAUUGGCCUGUAAUCUUCAGAAAGAAGUACUGUAAAUAGAUGCUUGUAAAUAUUUCAUCCAUCACCAUUGAACUAAUCUGAUCUGCGUGACAGACAUGGGAUCUCAGUUUAUGUGGUACUUGGACAGUAGAAAUGAAACAUGGCUUGAACUUCUGGAAUUCUGGAGCUUCUAACUCCCAGCUUAUUUAAUUUUAUUGUUUUUAUAAAACCAUGUGACAUUUUGGUUAAGUGUAAUGUACAUGAGACCAGCAAAGUGUUCCUGGUGAUUUUAGCCUCAUGAGUCCAUAAUGUUUUGGCUUCCAGAGCUAAACAUGCUUUGUUUCCAUUUUUAAAACCCCCAAAUUGGUUUAGAAACACUAAUAACAUUCAGAAAAAUUAUAAUUUGUUUUCAUAUUUGGUAUUUUAUUACAGGUCUUUAGCUGUGGUAAUUAUCAACAGCCCAAGUCUAAUAUGAGAUAAAGACAAGUCAUUUUACAGCUGGAGACGCCAAUGAUUACAGAGCAAUAUACAAUUGCCAAAUCUCAGUUUCUCUUUUCCUGUGCAAAGGCCUUUGUCCUCACCCGGUAGGAGAGACUGUCUACUAUUCUGGGUCUUUUAAUUAUGGAACAGAUCUUGAUAAAUGGUUUAGUUUUCUUUUAAAGAAAAACUUCUUUUCAGUAACAGAUAGGUUUUAAUUGUGACUCAUCCUUUGCCAUGGCUCACAGUUCGGUAUGGCAUUUUGCCCCCUCCACUGUGGGUCGUUGGGAUUUGGUGCCUGUGAACCAUGAUUGUAGGAGUGUCUGUAACAGUUCUGGUCUUAUGAUAAUUACUUGUGAGGCAUGCAGGUGAAGCACAUUAUAAGAGGAAAUUUAGUUUGGAGUUAGGAAUCUCAUGAAUUUCACUAUGACCAAAAUUAGUUUUCUGACUCCGUGUGUCUGUCUGGCCUUCCUUGCUUUCUCUCACUCUCCUUUUGGGGGAAUGAGGAGCUGUGUUUUUUAUUUCAUACAGGAUAAAGCAGAGAGACGUGCUCAUCUCCAUCUUGUCUGCGUUUCCACUUGAAGAAAACUUAGUACCUGCCUUACUGAGUACCCACUCCUUAAUAUGGCGUAGAGUAAUUCUUGAGGUUUACAGAAAACACAGUCCCUUUAACUUUAUUGUGGUUAUUUGAUAAAUCACAUCUUUUUAUAAAUAUGGGUAUUUUCUUCUCUCUUGAUUUUGUCUUCAUUUAGUUUGGUGGUGGUGAAAUUUACUUGCUGAUUUUAUUUUUCCAGUGAAUGAACUUUGUGCUUGAAUGAAGAGUGUAUCUUAAACCCUUUUUUUUUUGGACAGGUUGCACUUGGAUAAAAUAGGCACCACUGUGUUGAUAUGUAAUUAAAUUCUUAACCAUUAUUUAUCUAUGAAUAUGACCAUUGUUAAAUAUUAUAGUGUAUUCCUUUGUUGAAUUUCAGUCUGCUGCUUUGUAAAAAAUAACUUUCAUUGAUAUUUCAUUUUUUUAAAACAUUUUAAAAUUCUAAUCAUUGUCAUCCAGGUUAUUAGAAAUGAACCAAGGAACCAGGUCAUGGUUCCAUACUCAUUUUGAGAAAUUAUUUGUAAAGACUUGAUUGUAUUUGAUGAUUCUCAGAGACAAAAAUGAACACUGAAAAUAGAUGAUAAAUUGAUGCAGAAAAGUGUGGAUAGUCUUCCAUGUUUGUUAAGAACUUGCCAUCGCAGAAGUCAAAGAACAAACCAAUUAACAGAAGUAACUAUUUUGUGUGUACCUUGUUCUGUCAUCUAUAAAAUUAACCUAGAUCAAUUAAUUUGGCUUAGGGAAAAAUUUUGUUUUUAAGGUUUCCUCAGUGUAUUACUGACCUUCUACACAAGAAUGAGAUAAAACCUGAUAAGUAUUUGUAAAAUGACAGGUAUGGACCGCUGACUUCCUUCACAUUGUACAGUGUAGUAAAAAAAAAUACACUUUAAUUCUGGCAUUAGGA